AUGUAUGUGAGUAACUUUCUAAUAUUGGACUUGAACAUUGAAGAUUACCAGCUAUGGUUUUGUCCUGGCCACGAGGAAGCUCCAAGAGCACUCUAAGGCCACGAGUAUCCAUAUGACAUUAUAAUGACCAACGUUCAAAAUAACCUCAGUAAAUCGAACUCAAAAGUUUUCAUGGCUUUCCCCCCCUUGCCUGGGCUGUUUAUGGAAAACCAAAGCUGGGAUACAGGAGGGCAGUUCAUAUUAAAGCCCAGAGACUCAGCUGGAAGCCAGCAGCAAGAUGCAAAGGAAAGACCUAGUAAAUCUUAUACAACAUCAUGUUUCCAUGGGGGCUUUGUGCCCCACCACAACCACGAAAACACGUUCCCAAGAAUUAAUAAGAGAGAAAAACUUUUUGGGAAAGAUUUGAGCUUGAUUUGUCAUGAUGGCAUACUGCCCACCAUAAUUCUGGACAUGCUGUCCAGAAUAAAAGAUAAAGGACCUACAACAGACAGUAUAUUUUUAUUAACUCCCAAUGGAACAUUAUGCAAAACUGUAAAGGAGAGGUUGGACAGUGGGGAAAAUGUGGAUAUAUAUCAUCAAUCGGUGCAUGUGGUAGCCUGGAUCUUAAAGAAUCCUCCAUCUAGCAAUGGGAUCAUGGAGGAAACAGAACAUGGACUCAGCAGCUGCCCCGAUGAGAGGACAUGCACCCCUGAUUUUGAGGAACUGCCGAGAAGUGCAGCUGCUCCACUUCUAUAUGAGGGCAUUCUAGCCUCAGAGAAAGGUGAAGGAAAUGAGUACACAACUCAACCAGAACCUAUUCAACAUUCACCAACACCACAAACCAAAAAAGAAUUUGGGAAUUCUUCCCCCAAUAUUCUCCAAGACGUUAAUGUGCCUGCUGUGAUACUUGAUAUGUUGUCCGUAAUUGAGGAAAAAGGACAAUAUUCAGAUCACAUAUUCAGAAUUCUAUCAGAAAAAUCACACUGGUCCCUUAGGGAAAAGGUUAACACUGGAAAACAUAUUAACUUAAAAGAGGAAUCCGUACUCACAGUUGCUUCUGUCGUAAAGGACUUUAUUUGAAACAUUGAAGGAAACUUACUUUCUUGUGAUUUAUAUGUAAAUUGGCUUAGCAUCCCAGGUGAAGGAACUCUUGUUGGAAAAAUUUCAGCCAUCCAAAGUAUCCUUUUGAAGAUGCCAAAGCCAAACUAUGUUUUGCUUAAGCAACUCAUCCAUGUUCUACAAAAAAUUAAAACCACUUCUGCGAACCAUUUAGACAGCUUUGUCUUGUCUGUUCGCAUAGCACCUCAUGUUUUAUGGAAUCCGACUUACAAGAUCUUAUUUGGGAGGGAUCUCUCAAAGAAGAUGUCCAUUAUACAAAUCAUGAUUGACAACUUUCAAGAGAUAUUUGGAGAAAAAGAUAAUAUAUUUUAUGAAGAUAAUCAGAAGUCUUAUGACGUCAACAUGCCUUCUGCUACAUUAAACACUCCUGGCAAAGCAAUGCUUAUGAUUGAAACCAUAGAUGACCACAGUGUGAAGACCUCAAAUGUUAAUACUAAAGAAUUAAAUAUUUCAUCUGAUGCUCCUGAGGAGGAAGCUCCUACAGAUAAUGAAAAGAAGUCCCACAAAAUUACUCAGAAAUUACCUAAAGAAUCACAUGAUCUUUACUUCUCUCCUCACUUUAAGAUGAGAGAGGUGCCCUCUAGCGUCCCUGCUUCUAACCCCCUGGCAUUGCAAGUUCUUGAUAUAACUAUCGCCAGCCACCUUAAAAGAGCAAAAUCAUCUACCCUGCUAAAAACUCCAUGA